GCCGUGGCGUGUGACCUCCUGUGCUGCAGCUAGCGGAUCCCUGCCCUGCGCAGCUGGAGUCUGCUGUGAAACUCAGCGUUGCACUGCAAGCCUCAUCAAGCCGUCCUGGAUGGCAGGGACACACUGGUGCAAAGACUGCCGAAACCACAAGGUUUGAGAAGGCGCAGGAGAGGCCUGUUUUUCUGAAAGUGUGCUCCACUUGCAGCAUUACUGGGUGCAAGGGCUUUUUGGACCGUGGGACGGAUGAAAGGUGGAAGCUGUAGGAAGCCCAGCUGGGCUUUAGCUGCUCUGUUGAUCCCAGUUACCCUGCUGAUGCUGACCUCCAGAGGGGCAUCAAGCAGCCACAAGAUGACACAAUCAGCUAUGGCUCAUGCAACAGCCACUGCUGCAGGACCCAGCCCCAGCUUGACAGAUUACCUCCCAGACCUCCAGGCAGUAGAAAACUUCUUAUACAGCGAACAUGCUCAUGUUUGGCUCUUGUCCCUGGUGGGCUCUGUUGCUGUUGGCCUCAGUGGGAUUUUCCCCCUUCUUGUGAUUCCCAUCGAAGCUGGAGCAGCCCUUAAAACAGAAGCUGGUGGCCAGAAGCUGAAACAGCUCUUGAGCUUUGCUAUUGGUGGUCUCCUUGGUGAUGUAUUCCUGCACCUCCUUCCUGAGGCGUGGGCGUUUUCUGGCUCUUCAGCUGGUAAACACAACCACUACAUGACCCAGGGCUUGUGGGUAAUGGUUGGCCUGUUGGUCUUUCUCCUCCUGGAGAAGAUGUUCCCAGACCAAGACGGCCACGAGGACCCCAUUUCAGAUUCAGACCUGAAUUCUAACUCUGCUUCGCAGUCUAAUUCAGCUUUCAGUGGAAAGGCAGUGGCAACACUCAAAAAUGUACACCAUGCUGAGUCAUGGAAAUCCUCCAAGCAGCAGAGUCGGCAGGAAAGAUCAGAGAAAAUCAAGAUAAGUGGAUACCUAAACCUCCUGGCCAACUGCAUUGACAACUUCACCCAUGGACUGGCAGUAGCAGGAAGUUUCCUGGUUAGCAAAAAGGUUGGGUUCCUCACCACCUUUGCCAUCCUGCUCCAUGAAAUCCCCCACGAGGUGGGAGACUUUGCCAUUCUGCUGAGGGCCGGAUUUGACCGGUGGAGUGCUGCCCGCUUGCAGCUGUCCACGGCGCUGGUUGGUGUCUUAGGAGCUUGCUUUGCUCUGUGCGCUCAGUCACCAGAAGGCACAGAAAAUGCCACUGCCUGGAUAUUGCCUUUCACCGCUGGAGGCUUCCUCUACAUAUCAUUGGUGAAUGUGGUGCCUGACCUGCUAGAGGAGUCCAGUUUAAGGCAGUCCCUACUGCAGAUCAUGCUCAUUUUCUGUGGCGUGGCUGUCAUGGCUGUGCUCUCUGCAAUUGUUGAGUGAACAUGGAAAAAACCCCUCUCGCCUUAACCAAAAAGUAAAACUCAGCAUUCUCCACCAACCCCUUAUAUCUGGUACCUCUCAUUCCUAGGAAACCUUUCAUUACAUUAAUCUAAAGCAAAUAACUGACAGAAGAACGGCACUUUAUGGCUUUAUAGUAUGACUGAAAGGAAGACCUUCUUGAUCUGCUGAUGGGGCAUUUGUGUGGACAAAAUGUGCCAGGCUUAAACCUCAAGGGAAUUAAGAGGGUUUGUAUGGAUCUCUGUUACCAAAUUGUCUUAUAUUGUUUAUCAGACAAUCAUUGUUUUGCACACACAUUUACACAGGUACACCUGAUGUACCAACUCCACAGAAUAGGUAUUUUUAGACCUGUACAAGGACCUUUUUUCUUUAAAAUGUAUUCAACCAUAAAUUGGUUAAAACAUUGUAUGUAUUGUUACUGUUUCUGAUGUAGCUGCUGCAUAUUUAUUGAAAAUUUGACAAGCAACAUAUAGUUUUAUCAGACGUGCGCCACCACUUCAUAAUUUUGUGUUAUUGAGAAAUAAGUGCCAAGAAGUCAGGAUGGUCUGUUACACUAGUGACAGGUCUACACCAAAGUAAAUUUUUUUUUUCUGUUGUGUAUCUUCUCUGCAUCUUCUUUGCUUAAAUGAAUAAUUGUGAUAAAGCUGAAAUUAAUUAAAGACAAAGAUUGCUACUA